UGGGUGCCUGCUAGUGACACGGACAGCCGCCGCCGAGCAGUCUUUGGCUAACAAGCAGAAUGUCAAGUUUUCCAAGAUAUUCGAGCUAAACUGCCCUGUGACUGGCCCAAGCGCUGAUAAUGCCAAGCAGGUGGGAUCGAGUGAGAUGGCCAAGCACCUCCUGCACCUGGCUGAACAAGUUGCCUCGACAGGGGAGAACCUAAACAUUGCUGAGUGUCUGGAGGUGGAGAAGGGCAGUGCUGGCAAUGUCCGGUCUAUGCCAGCUAUGCCCAUAAGGAAUAGAAACUUCCAGAUUAUUGGUGUUGCCAAGAUCAUCAACAAACUGAAUGGGCAGCCCUUCGAUGAGAAUGAUGAGCAGCUUUUUGAGGCCUUCACCAUCUUCUGUGGCUUAGGCAUCAACAACACACUCAUGUACAAUGAACUGGAGAAAGCCAUGGCCAGGCAGAAGGUGGCCAUUGAGGUGUUGUCAUAUCAUGCCACAGCUUCUGGUGAUGAGGUGGUUUGUCUUCAGCGUGAGGUCAUUCCAGACGCCAGCAAGUGGAAUCUCGGCUCCUUGACCUUCGAUGACUUCUCGCUGACUCAGGACCAGAUGGUACUUGCUGCCGUCAGGAUGUUCACUGACCUCAGACUGACCUCCAAGUUUAAAAUUGAGUACAAGUUCAGUGGAAGUCAAGAGAAAGGGAAGGUUCAGACAAGGGGAUUGGGUAGGGAGGGAUUACCUAGUCAUAAUUAUUUGAACGUAUGUACUUAGUUUUGGUGUGCAGGAUUUGAAGUAAACUUGCUUAAUGAUGUGUGUAUAUAUGUCUUCUUUUAUUAACAUGGUAUUCAGAUUAUCAGUGUCUUUGUAUGAGCAAUAAGCAUGUUCCUGAAAUGCAUACUGUGAGAGGGAAGAACAACUGUGUAAGAAGUAAAUUAACCCAUGAUUGAGGCUCAGUUUUCUCUUUGUCUCCUAAAUUUUUCCUGUAAAAUUGAUUGACUACA